AUGGCUCCCACCGCCCCAGCUCCUUUCUCCGAACCACUCCUCCCUCAGCUCGAUCUCGGGGAUCCGUAUUACACGGAGAAACACCACCGCCUCCGUGCCUUUGUCCGCAACUACAUUGACACCGAGAUCGCUCCCUAUGCGCAAGAAUGGGAAGAGGCAGGCCAGGUGCCGGAGCAUGUCCGUCUACGAUAUUGCCAGCUCGGGUUCGCGGUCACCCAUCCUGUCGUUGAUCCCGCUGAUGCGGGCGGUGUCCAACUGCCUGCCGGAAUACCUUACGACGAAUGGGAUACGUGGUGCUCCGUUAUCGUAACCGACGAGGUCAGCCGUCUGGGCUGGUGUGGUCCAAUAUGGGGCAUUUCAGGCGGCAACUCCAUCGGUGCACCGCCUAUUGCGCGCUAUGGAACAAAAGAACAAAGACAAAGGUGGCUGCCGAAGAUCGCCAGAGGAGAGCUCAGAUUUUGUCUGGGCAUCACCGAGCCAGACGGAGGAAGCGACGUCGCCAAUAUCAAGACCACCGCGGAGAGGAGGGGAGAUCGUUAUAUCGUGAAUGGCAAUAAGAAAUGGAUCACCAACGCUCUCUGGUGCGAUUAUUGUACAGCUGCGGUGAGGACCGGUGGACCAGGCCAUGGAGGUAUCAGCCUGUUGGUUAUCCCACUCAAGGCCGAGGGCGUCACAUUAAGAAGAUUGGAGAAUACAGGCGUCCACGCCAGCGGAUCAACCUACAUCACUUUUGACGAUGUCGAAGUACCCGCGGACCACCUCAUUGGACGCGAAGGCGGCGGCUUCCCCAUGAUCAUGUCCAACUUCAACCCAGAGCGUCUCUCUCUGGCUACUGCCUCACUCCGCCUCGCUCGGGUCUGCGCCCAAGAUGCGUACAAUUACGCCUGCGAUCGCGAGACCUUUGGCAAGAAACUGAUCGAGCAUCCUCCCAUCAAGGCAAAGAUUGCCAAAUUCGGACUCUUGAUUGAACCCGCCCACGCAUUCCUCGAGCAGCUGUGCUACAUCAUUGAAACUUCACGCGUGACAGGAAAGCCGGUCAAUAUCGGCGGCAUGACAGCCUUGCUAAAGGUGAUGAGCACAAGGUGCUUGGAAAAAGUGUGUCGAGAGGCACAGCAGAUCAUGGGUGGAGCCGGCUACUCAAAGACGGGGCGAGGUGCCCGGAUCGAACAGAUCAGUCGAGAUGUGCGUGUUCACGUUGUCGGUGGUGGUAGUGAAGAAAUCAUGCUCGACCUGGCUGUCCGUCAAGAGGUCAAGGAUGUCAAGCUGAGAGCUGCUAGGCUUGCGGGCGCGAAGCUGUAA